AUGGGGGUUCUGAAGUCUCGUCUGAAGCGCUUUGUUGGGGCCGCUUCAGCAGAGCAAAAGCUCCUAGGCAUCGGGGGAAAUAAAACCACUGAAAAAGCUCUCAUUGACAACAAUAAAGAUGAUCGCCCUUCGAGAUUGGAUAUGGCUCACAGGGUAGUCCAGUCGCCCCCAAAGAACAUUUCAAGCUCGCUCCCUGGUCCCACCGAAAUUCCUGAGGUAGGGACUAUCCAUGUGGCAAAUCGAAAUCAAACCGAAGUGUCUGUUUCGCUUUGGGAUAUUGCCUACGAUGCUCUGCGAGAGGAGCGACGAGAGUUGAUCGUUGCGUAUGAGGUCAUUUUGUCUCAGGCGUUCGUAAACGGGGAGAAAAGUACAUCUUCAGUUAUAGAAACCAAAACCUUGGAUAAUCAAAUACCCCAGAAUGACGCGAUGGCACGUCGCGAGAUGCUGAAGAAGAUCACAGAGCUCGGUCUUAAGCAUAUGGAAGACAAAGAAGUCACAGUAACAGUCCUUGGGCAUGAUAUUGUUCUCAAUCGCGCCAUGGCCAGUGUCGCAGGGGGCGUCGAAUGGGCUGAAGACUAUGUGAAAGCCGCGGUCAAAGACUUGCCUUAUGCUUCUAUCGUUAUGGCAGGCGUCUCGCUGAUUCUUCCUCUGUUGAAAACCCCGGUUGCUGUUGAGACUGCCAACCGAGAAGGAUUUACCUACGUGACAUCACAAAUGCGUUGCUACGUUGAGAUGGAAUCACUUCGACUUCCCCCGGAUUUGGCAGUGGGACUGAAAAGCUCUCUAACGAAUGGUGUCGCUGACCUGUACAUGCUUAUAAUAGAGUUCCAGGUCGAGAGUGUGAUCAGGUUUUACCGCAGUCGAACCAAGAACUACUUCCGGGAUACAAUCAAUUACGAUAGCUGGGAGGAGAAACUGUCGCGAAUCAAAGAAUUGGAAACUUCACUCGACAAGAUGUUCGAGAGAGCCAUAUCAGGCGAGAGUCUACAGCAAUUAAAGAACCUCGCCCUCGAAGCCAAAGAGUCGCGAAAAAGUUUGGAUGAUAUGCUGAGCAAGUUCGAUAAGCUGAUCGACCUUUCUCGUGAUCAAACAAAGAUCAUGGAAAAGGGAGAACAGCGUUUAUCUCAGGAAGAUAACAGGCGUUGCCAACGGGCUUUACAAGCAACCGAUCCCGUCCUCGACAAGGAGCGCAUUCUGCUGAAGAAGGAUCAACUUCUUCGGGACUCGUAUCGCUGGGUACUUGAGACUAAUGAGUUCCAAGAAUGGCGCAAUGAUCCAGCUAGCCGGCUGCUCUGGCUCACAGGUGACCCUGGCAAGGGCAAAACCAUGCUGAUCUGCGGUAUAAUUGAUGAACUGUCAAAGUUGCGCGAGACGACUGAUCGUAGCAAUAUCUGUUGCAAUAUCUGUUACUUCUUCUUUCAAGCGACCGAUGAUCGUAUCAACAGUGCGGUAGCUGUUCUACGAGGCCUUAUCUACAUGCUUGUGAAGGAACAACCCUCGCUCAUAAAGUACCUGCGCGAAACUUUGAGUGCCGACGGCGAUCGGCAUUUUGAAGGGCCAAACGCAUGGGUGGCAUUGUCUAAAGUCUUGAUUGACAUGCUCGAAGAUGCGGAGCUACAGGACACAUAUCUGAUCGUCGAUGCGCUAGAUGAGUGCUACACCGAUCUUGAUCUGCUUCUCAGUUUCAUUGUGGAGAUAUCAUCGUCCUACGCGAAAGUGAAAUGGAUUACCUCGAGUCGUAAUUGGCCGAACAUCGAAAAGGGUCUUAAGUCAACACAGCAACGAAGGCUUUGUAUCGAGCUCAACGAGGAGUCAGUCUCUGGGGCGGUGGACUCAUAUAUUCGGACCAAGAUCAACUGGUUGGCACAGCGGAAUGACUACGAUGAAGAGACACGGGGAGCUGUUCAGCAAUACCUGCAGGUAAAUGCGAACGGAACUUUUCUCUGGGUGGCGUUGAUUUGCAAAGAACUCGCCAAUAUCUCAGGAUGGGAAGCUGAAGAGCUUCUCAAUGUCUUUCCACCCGGGCUUGAUGAUCUCUAUGAGCGCAUGCUGGGACAAAUCCGAAGCUCAAGACAUGCCAGCCUGUGCAGAGACAUAUUGGCCGUUCUCCUUCUUGUGCACCGGCCAAUCACGCUGGCGGAAUUGACGUCUCUGGUGGAAAUGCCACCGCGAAUCUCGAGAAACCGUAAAGCUCUUGAAGAAGUUGUGGGCCUCUGUGGCUCUUUUCUGGCUCUCCAACAACACACAGUAUCCUUCAUUCACCAAUCAGCAAAGGACUUCUUGCUCGAAAAUGCAUCAGCCGAGAUCUUCCCUCGGGGUCCCGAGGAUUUUAAUCAUAAAAUAUUCCUGAGGUCACUUCAUACAAUGGCACUUACUUUGCGACGAGAUAUCUACGGCUUGGGAGCCCUAGGUCGUUGUAUCGAGGAUCUUAGCCCGCCAGAUCCCGAUCCAUUAGCCCCAGCACGUUAUGCAUGUGUUUUUUGGGCGGAUCACUUGGUAUCCUGUGACCCCAUGAAUAGAGAAAGCGAUGACUUCUGUGAGGGUGGUAUAGUCGAUAGGUUCUUGCAACGAGACUUUCUUCACUGGCUUGAAAGUCUUUGUCUUCUUGGGGCUCUUCCACGGGGAGUUACAUCAAUAUUAAGACUUGAGACUUUGGUUCAGGAAAUGGCAGGAUCUUCACAGCUAAGCGACCGUGUUCGCGAUGCAUGUCGAUUCACGCGAUAUCACAAUGGGCUGAUAGCGAAAUAUCCUCUUCAGCUUUACGUGUCAGCUUUGACAUUUAGCCCGGUCAAGAGCUUAACAAGGGAUUCAUAUACGCAUGAAGAACCAGAAUGGUUUUGGAGAAAGCCUCAAGUGCAAGACAGUUGGAGUUCUUGUGUGCAAUCACUGGAAGAAUGUGAUGUGUCAUCAGUAUGCUGGUCACCGGAUGGAACACGGAUUGCAUCGGCGUCAUACAUUAGCGGUUUCAAGAUCUGGGACCCAGUGACAAGCCAAUGCAUAUCUCGGCCUGUGGUCCCCAUCAAUGCUGUGACCGGGUUUCGCAGCUGCUACGUCACUUGGUCCAAUGAUACACCUUUCGGUUAUGGAGAACAAGAUGGGCUGCUAAAUAUCUGGAACCUAACGACGGGCGAAUGUAUAUCGACAUUAAUGGGGCAUAAGAACCAUUCGUUGUAUGAAGCUUCGAUAUCAUGGUCACAACAUCAUAGCCUAAUCGCAACCGGCUUGAAAGAUGGCUCUAUUCAGAUCUGGAAUACUACGACCGGCCAGUGUAUCUCGACACUAAGUGGCCAUAGCGACAAUGUCAAUGCGUUAGCCUGGGCACCAAAUGAGAGACUGCUUGCUUCGGGUUCAGAAGAUUGUACGGUCAAGAUCUGGGACGUCGUAACGUGGCAGUGUACAUCGACUUUCAGUGACCAUAGCGCUGGGAUCACCUCAGUAGCCUGGUCUCCAGAUGGUAAACUGCUUGCAUCAGGCUCAGCUAUUGGAGCAAUAUUGGUUUGGGAUUGGGAGACCGACCGGAGCAUAUGCAUAUCAGCCCGGCGAAGGUACGACAAUUAUAUGGUGUAUUCAUUGCAUUGGUCGCAAGAUGGAAGCCGGCUAGCGUCAUCCUCAUCAGAUCAUAUCAAAAUCUGGAACACGAACAAUUACCAGUGCAUAUCAACACUUUACGGCCACGGUGCUGGGAUUGGUUCAGUGGCUUGGUCACACGAUGGUGCAUGGCUCGCGUCAGGUUCGCAGGAUAGAACAAUCAAGAUCUGGGAACCAGGGGUAGACCAGCAGAAAUCUUCAAACAUUGAGGAUCAUUCCGAACGGAUCACGGCCUUGGUUAUGUCUCCAGAUGAAGUAAAGCUCGCAUCCGCUUCAGUGGACACCUAUAUCAAGAUAUGGGACUUGUCUACGGGGAAUGUGACAUUAACUCUAAGCGGCCACACUAACGAAGUUUCUUCACUAGCCUGGUCACCCAAUGGAAAUGAGAUCGCAUCGGCCUCAUGGGAUGGCUGUCUCAAAAUUUGGAGCACAACGACAGCUGAGUGUAUAUCAACCCUCAAAUGCGAUAACAAGAUGCUCAAUGAAGUAGCCUGGUCACCGGACAAUUCUCGUCUAGCCACGGCGUCAUUAGAUGGCACAAUCACUGUCUGGGACUCAAUAGCUUACCAAUGUUUAUUCACAAUUAAAGACGAACUUCCUGGGGCCUGGCAUUGGGCUUUAGCAUGGUCACAGGAUGGAUGUCGCAUUGGCCUAGGGUCGCGAUUCGGACGAGUCAAGAUCUGGGAUGCAAGCACACGAAACUGCGUGGCUUCCUUCGACCAGCUCGACGUCUUUGCAAACUCCGGUGCAUGGCAAUCUCACAAAACCCUGGUCCACCUGCGAGCCCUCCUGGAGAUAUGUGAUUAUGCUCCUGAUACUCACGGAAGCCUUUCUAUACCAACAGCUGCGGGCAACUACGACUUUGACGAUCAGUACGAGUGGAUUACAUACUCAAACGAACCCAUUCUGAGGUUGCCGACAGAGUACCAAUCAAAUAUAUCCACGGUUGGAAAGAACUUUAUUGGCGUUGGCUGUCACUCUGGUCGCGUUCUGCUGCUGCAGUUCUCGGAUGUCAAUCCUUUGAAAUAA